CUCGCAUUGAGUAGGAGCCCGGUUUUUCGGAUUUAUGUACUUGCUUCAUCACUGUAACUCUUAGCCCGCGUUAAUCUACUAGACCCCAUGAUAUCUUUAGUGUCGAGCAAUAACAUUAAACAACUUGGAAGGGGGUACUUACGCAAACUCCGCGUCUCAGCCCAUUCAAAGGUAUAUGUAUCUGCGAAUGUACAAUGUGCCCUGAAAAUGUUCUUGAGAGACCCUAAACUGUUUGCUCAAGCUUACUCGAGCCGGCCCUUUCUACUCCAGCCAUUUAACAUGACUGAUCAUGCCCCAAUGUCGCUUCCUAUCUCCAGCAUCAUGUUAGCUUUCGUUUAUAUAUUUGCACAAUAUUCUACAAAUUAUCCAUAUGAUCUUGCGGGUCUUUAGGUCAAAACAGCAAACAAACACAGGGUUUAGACUCUAGGAGUGCGGGUGUGAGUCUCGCAGUACCUCUUCUUAUGUGCGGCGAGGAGAAGCGAGUAAUCGAGAGCUACUAACAAUAUCAAGUAAUGACAUGCAGCGCGCUACUUCUCACAAGGAGGAGUGGCGGUUUUCUCGACAUAAAAACGUAAAUUGCCUUCCUAUAUCUUAGGCAUUGACAAAG